CCCAAAUGCUAGCAGGCUCUCUCUUCUCGACGUGCUUGUGGCCUCCCAACAGCCCCUCAAUAUCGAAUCUUAUUGGCCUGCCAACCAACAAUGAACUGUCGGAUAAUUUCCAUCCCUCUCAUUUCACGGACUAUCCCGAACUUUUCAUGUUCUUGUUCAUACUGAAUCGAGUUCCCGCUUCGUUCUACGCUUGCCCAUGCUCUCUUCUUCUGGAGCUAUUUUCGAGUGCCGCAACCGCAUAGGACAUUUGACCUCAAAAUUCUCAAGCUGGCAAGACUUGAACAGUGUUCGUUCUGAUCACGAUCAGUAAACGAAUCCAUCAUGUCGACAGCCGCAGCGGAGCUAGGACGGUCCCUCGAGUCCAUGUUAGCUCUCCCUCCCCCGGGAAUAGCCAUUUCCAAAGUCAAUAUGAUUGUUAGCCUGUGUUAUCUCAAUAUCCACGACGAGGUCAAUCUCAUUGAGAAGAUCCGUAUUCAUUUCAUGAUAGCCCCAAUUACGCACAAGGUGGGCGUUCUCUAUGUCAUUGACUCGAUCACUCGGCACUGGGUGGAAGCUACCCGCAGGAUAGGCCGACCCCCACGUAACGCUGCGCCAGAUGGUAGGCUCGCCGCUGGAGUUGACAGAAUCACUAGAUCCCUGCCCGCAUUAAUGACUGAUAUCACAUGUCACACACCACUCAAUCAGAAGGUAUGUACACGCAUAUUGAAAAUGAACCUCGGCCGGGCUGCAUCUCCAUACGCGAACUAUAUGCCUACUACCGGGGCCGUACCUGCGUGCAUACUAUACUUGCGAAGAUAUACAAUAGCCUUGGUGCAUCAAACUAACUAAUUACCUUUUUUCCUUCUUGGUAUCAUAAGGCGAAAUUGCAAAACUAAUAGAUAGCUGGGAACAAGACGAUUUAUUUCCCUCGUCGAUACUAAUAUCAUUUCGCAAAAAAAUGAGUCAUUCUCGCACAGACCCUGGCUGCAUCACGGUCCUCAGUCGUACCAUAGUCGUUCAUGGCAGUUUCUCCGAGACUCUAAUCCGUUCGCUCGUUUUUCAAUUGGGCCACGUUCAAACUUUUUUCCACUACAUGGACUGUUGGGCGAUUGUCAAGAUGAGAAGCCACCAGGAGGCAAUGAAUGCUCGCGAGGGCAUACAAUCGUGCAGAUCACAGGGUAUACAAUCUGUCCGAUGGUUCCUGGAUUUUAUGACCAGCUAUAUGGACGUCUCUACUGGCAUCAGUACCAUUCCAAUCUUACACCUCAGAAGAAUAGAGCGCGAAUGGCUACUCACGGCAGAACACGGCGG